AACAUUCCGAGACAGACAGACAUUUAAUCGAGCACCGAUAGAAUGGCAGUCUGCAAACGACCUUAAGUUUAGCUAGUUCACGUUCAUUUGCCACUAACUCAAUGUAACUGUGCCUGCAGGCCCGUGGCAAACAUUUGAAUUACAAUCAAUUACGGGGAAACGAUUAGAUUGAAAAAUGAUUGGAUUUGCAUCUGGAAGACGUAUACUUUCUGGGGUUCCAGCGUGGCGAUGUCUUCAGCAGAUAACCAGCAGAGCACCAAACUACACAACAAAACCUCAGCAGCUGUUUCACUCUCAAGUCUCCUCAGCGCUAAUACCAUCCAGACUAACUCCCACCAACAGGUUGUUGAGCGUCCGGCCCCUGAACUUGUCUGCCUCACGUCUCUGCCAGGGGCAUUCACAAGGCAGCCCAGAGAGAGGCAAACACAGAGAGGGUUUCAGUAUGAAGGCCCUCACCCAGGCUCCCAAACCAGCUCUCAUACUGGGUUUCUCUGGGCUCUUUCCUUUCCUGUCUCCCUCGCUCCUGAUGGCUGAGACACAGCUCUUCAUCCCUGAAGUUGCUUUUGCUCAAAUGGUCUACGGAGCCUGUAUCGUCUCCUUCCUCGGAGGGGCCCGCUGGGGGUUUGCCAUCCCUGAUGGGAGUCCUGCGCAGCCUGACUGGAGGAAUUUGGGCAACAGCGUGGUGCCUUCACUUCUGGCCUGGCUGGCUCUGCUCUGCAGGGACAAUAUUGCAGAGGGAGCCCUGGUAGUUAUUAUGGGACUGGGACUCUCCCUGCACUAUGACCUGACCCUGCUGCCUGGCUACCCCUCCUGGUUCAAAGCUAUGAGAACUGUCCUCACACUUGUCGCUACCUUCUCACUGGUGGCUACGCUGACUAUUAAACAAUUCUGCCCUGAGAAGAAGAUCAAAGAGAUUCAGCUGUGAUUUAAGAGGACAGUUUGAACUUGGACUUAAUAAAGUUGUAAAAUUA